CAGGGGCAGUCCACACUUCUACAGUAAAAGAAAGUGUCUACCGGAUCAUUGUGUCUGUGCGCCCGUAAGCUACUGUGGAGAGACCUGCUCGGGGUUGUGGAUCGGAUCUGGUGUUUUUACAGGAUGGUUAUUCCUGCACUUGAAACGCAUGGAGUAGAGUAAAAAGCUUCAAAUCCGCAUAAUCAUGAGAGGCCACUGGGUUGUUUUUGUCUCACAUUUUGUUUUGCUGCCACUAACAGUUUGGUGCCAGCCAGUCAUCUCCCCCAACGGGCCUUACACAGUAGUUCCCAAGAGGGGAAAGCUGGAGCUGCAUUGCCGGGACAAUGCCACAACGUCAGGUGCCCCGUCCAAGUUGAGGUGGCAGAGGGAGAGGCCUCGCAGGCUGGAGGGAGAGGUGGAGGAGGGUGGAGUGGCUUAUGUCAAGGUGUCAGCAGCACAGGCCUACCACAUGGGUCGUUACGUGUGUGUCAACAACAGCACACUGGAACACAGCUCCAUCUAUGUAUAUGUGAAAGACCCCCAGAAUGUCUUCCAGCGCACCAUGGUGAACAACAUCUUGGUGCGUUCAGGUGAGAACUGCACCAUCCCCUGUCUUGUGACUGACCCCAAUGUCACCCUCGUGGCAUUGGAGCGCUGCAAUGGACAACCUUUGCCGGCCAGCAUGAGUUACCGCAGCAACCUCCAGCAAGGUGUCAUCAUCAGCAAUAUGAGAAAGGAAUAUGAUGGCUGUUUCGUAUGUGUGGGACAGCUUGCUGGAGUCAAAGUGACGUCGAACCAAUACACUGUGGAUGUACGACUUGUGCCAGAGGUACCUCCAGUGAUCACACUGUCCCAGAGAGACCCUGUUAUUCUGAGGAAAGGAGAGCCGUUUGAGAUUACCUGCAGCUCCGUCAACGUCAACCCGGAUUUAAGUGUCAAGUGGAAUUUCCCUUCAACAGCGCGUCCCGAAAAAUCCCACAACUCCCGCAUCCUGUCCGGUGGCCGUGGUUACCAGCGUGCCACCUCACUCUUGAUCACAGCUGUCAACCAAUCAGACUCAGGCACUUACCGCUGCCACGCACAGAACGAGAGAGGCACCAGUGCCACAGCACUGCAGCUUGAUGUCCGAGAUCAGGGGUUCAUCACCAUUUUAGGACCCCCAGGUCCAGUCCAGGCUGACGUUAAAGAGGGGGAGAGCCUGACCCUCAGAGUCGAACUCGAUGCCUAUCCUGCACCCAGCUCCCUGUCCUGGUCUUACAAUGGCAUACAGAUCCUCAACACCACAGAGCACGUUAUCACCAUCCACCGCCGCAAAUACAGAACCAUCAGCAAGCUCAGACUGGUGAGGGUCCUCGGCUCGGAAGGUGGGAUCUACAAGUUCUCAGCCAGCAACGAGGAUGCAUCUGAGGAUUAUUCAUUUCACGUGUACGUCAUCAGCAAGCCGGUUAUCAUCGCCCAGGAAGGCCCUGUUGAUGGACAGGUGCAGUGCAUUGCUGCUGGUUACCCAGUCCCUAAAAUAAGCUGGUACUUCUGUGAGCUGCCCCACACAAGGUGCUCACACCUGCCCAACACCACCCAAUGGGAGACUACGGAUGUUGCCAUGGUGAAAGAGUCUACCUUUGGUAGGACUGAGGUAGUGAGCCGACUAAAUGUGAGCAAGGAGCAUGCACACUUUCACACCCUGGAGUGUGUAGCGAGUACGGAGGGGGAAGAGGCCUAUACGCUGUUCUUCAUUAGUGAACGCAUCGUCCCCCAUAGACUCUUCACUCCUCUACUCACUGGCAUGGUUUCCACUGGCGCCUUCCUCUGCCUCACUCUUGUGGUGCUGCUCUAUAAAUACAUGCAGAAACCAAAGUUCCAAAUCCAGUGGAAGGUCAUUGAGAGCAUCCAUGGCAACAACUACAUAUAUAUUGACCCUACCCAGCUACCAUAUGACUCCAAAUGGGAGUUUCCUCGACAGAAACUACGUUUCGGUAAAACAUUGGGCUCUGGGGCUUUUGGAAAGGUAGUUAGGGCCACAGCAUAUGGACUCUGCUCCGCAGAUACCAUUACAACCGUUGCUGUCAAAAUGCUCAAACCCAAUGCUCAUGCUACGGAGAAGGAGGCACUGAUGUCAGAGCUGAAGGUGCUCAGUUACCUUGGAAACCACGUGAACAUUGUUAACCUACUGGGGGCCUGCACUGUCGGAGGCCCAAUUUUGGUGAUCACAGAGUACUGUUGCUAUGGCGACCUCCUCAACUUCCUGCGGAAAAAAAGAGAGCCCUUUUUAAACUCCCAAGUUGGUGAUGGUUGCCAUCGCAACGUCUUUAACCAAACGGAGCCUACAACAAGCGGAGAAGUGACUAGUCCAGGGUAUGUGCCCAUGCUUCCCUCUGAGAAAGAAAAGUCUUCCCAGUCAGUUGAUGUAGAGGAGCUGUCUCUGGACCCCGAAGAUCUCCUCAGCUUUUCCUAUCAGGUGGCCAAAGGAAUGGAAUACAUUACUUCCAAGAACUGUAUCCACAGGGAUCUUGCAGCCAGAAACAUUCUGCUGACUCACGGCAGGGUGGCGAAGAUCUGUGACUUUGGGUUGGCACGAGACAUCACGACUGACGCCAGCUACGUGCUCCGGGGCAACGCUCGUCUGCCAGUCAAGUGGAUGUCUCCCGAGAGCAUUUUCGACUGUGUCUACACCUUUGAGAGUGACGUGUGGUCCUACGGCAUCCUGCUCUGGGAAAUCUUCUCUCUGGGUAACAGCCCUUAUCCUGGGAUGCAGGUGGGCUCAGUAUUUUACAGGAUGAUUCAAGAUGGCCACAGGAUGAGCAGGCCCGAGUUUGCUCCUAUUGAGAUAUAUGACAUGAUGUUGUCUUGUUGGAACCAAGACCCUUUGAAAAGGCCUUCCUUCAGGAAACUGGUGGAGAGGACUGAGCUAAUGCUGUCAGAAAAUACUAGGAAUGUGUACCUGACACUGAGCAACGCUCCAGGUCAUCCAGAGCAGCAGAGGACGCCAUCACGGAGGCUCAGCUCAGACUGCAGCACGACAGCCCCCACCCAGCCUUUACUGCAAAGCACGGCUGACGUCUUCCUGGACUAUGUCUGAGACACACACACACACACAAACACACACACACACACACACACGCACGCAUAUGCACAUAUCAUUCUUCGCACACACUACAAGAGCCAAACACACUCUUUAGAUUACUAACAACAAAUUCACUUAAACUAACGCUCAAACGUUGGCCUUCCUGCAUCACUCACACACACACACACACACACACACACACACACACACACACACACACACACACACACACACACACACACACACACACACACACACACACACACACACACAUUCUGUAUAUAUACGCCUCUACGCUGGGCUCUAAGUAUUGGCCUCUAUCUCAUCUCCCUAUUGGCUUAUUGAUGUCUGCGGUAGGUAUUUAAGGUGUACGUCUAUAUAAAGCAGACUCUAGCACUAACCGCCCAUCAGAUACAACAUCCCCCAUCAGCCCCGGGAGGAGUUUUGGCUCACAUUCAGCCUUAGCUUGCAUUUUAAGAUGCUUUGGGGAAAACAGAGACCUUUAACUGAGGAAUAGAUAAGCACAGUAUGUGCUGUGAUGUGUGGAUUUUUUGUGUCAGAUCUUUGUUUGUUUAUUAGGAAUAUUUUUGCCUUUUUGGAAAUUUAAAUAAAUACCAUUUUCUUGCAAGUAGUAAGAUGAGAAGAUUGAUUAUACAGUAUAGGUGCAUUAAGGAUGGAGGUAAAGCAAGCCACUUAGCUUAGCAUUAAGGCUGGAAACAGGGGCAAACAGCUAACCUGGCUUUGUCCACUAGUGAUACAUUCUGUCUACCAGCAGUUUACAAACGACCACAUUAUAUUGCUUUAGUUUAAUUCUUGCAAAAAAUACAAUUUGUGGAUUCAAUGGGGAGUGUGUGGGAGUAUUUUAUUUAUUUAUUUUAUUUGCCUAGGAGCUGUGAUUUCCAGGAGUCUCUGCGGGUUACCCAACAACCUUACAACCCAACAAUUUGAAGUGAACUUGUUUUGCCUUUUUUCUCUUAUUUUUGCGAAUUAAAACAAGUUUGCACGUCUUGUUCUUCUACAUGUACAAUAAGUCUUGAUCGAGCCAGGCUAGCGAUUUCCCCCUCUUUCCAGUCUUUAUGCUCACCCACGCCAACUGGUUACUGUCUGCUAGCUGAACCUUCAUACUGAAUGAACAGUCAUUCUUCUCAUCUAACUCUCGGCAAGAAAGCAAAUAAGUGUAUUCCCAAAACUAUUCAAAAAGUUAAUUUACUGCAAGAGUCACUAGAUUAACAAAUACUGAGUUUUUGUCAGCAAGCCUACAUUAAAACUGGUGUCACUGUAAUAGGGUUUACAAAAAAAUGUCUUCUGAUAAAAGACCUUAAGUCUCUUUUAAAUUAUGACAAAUAGGCCACAUAGCAAGGAGGCAUGCAAGUGAUAACUCCUAAUAAAACAUAAAGCCAUAAGUUACAGAAACACUGAUUCCCACCUGUGCGUUGAAGCUUUCAAUACUGUGACUUAUGAAAGACUAACUGGAGUAUUGCUGUACGUGUUUUAGGCUUAGCUUAAGCUUAGACCGUGGCCAAGCCUUUAGGACUGAUUGUGUUUUUUUUACUUGAUUUAUGUCAAAAAUGUAUGCAAUGUAAAUACAAUAGAGAUGUGCCUUUAGAUUUCUUUUUUUUUAUUCCGAAUGCAUUUGAUUGUGACAUAGUUAUUGAUGAUAGUCAGAAGAAAGUUUCUGUAUGCUAGUUUUGAGAAUCAUGCCGUUUUGAUACAGUUGGUUGCCUUGUAAUAAUAAAGAAAGUACCUGUGAUGGUUAAACCAAC